AUGGGCGACAUAUCCAUCCGAGAGUAUAUCCGCUGGCUUCCCGACGCAGCCAGCGAGCCGACGUCGACCAUUGUGCUCACGUCGCCCGGCCGCCGCUUUGUCGACUUGCGCAUCCUCAAACCGCCCGGAGGCCAGCAAGUCCAAGGAACUGAGCCCCUCCCCCUUUCCCGACUGGACUGGGCCAUCGCCGGCACGUCUGAAUCGUGGCCGCUCGAAGCCGGCGCAUCCACCGGCAGCGCCAACGAAGGCGCGUCCCGCGCGCAGUGGCGGCACUGGAUCGAUUCGCGCACGGCCGACACGCGCGGCCUCGUCGACGAGGGCGUCAACUACCCGCAGCCGCCCGACGGCGCCAAAACGCUCGAGAAGGGCCGCAUGGUCAACCCGGUCACGGGCGUUGAGACGGAGUACGAGGAGCUGUGGCGGUCCGAGCCGGCCGCGGCCAAUGUUUGGCCGUUUGGAUACGGCGUGUCAGGAGGCCCGGGUGCUGAGGGGCUCGACGCCGUGUGUGUCGUGCUCGAGCUGCGGGACGAGGGCGACCGGGGCCUGUUCGUGCGGUUGGGCCAGUACUGCCAGGCGCUCGUACGGAACGGCGGGGAGGUUGGAGUUGAGAGGCUGAAGUGGAAUGCCGGUGUGGGGACGUGGGUGACGGAGGUGAGGAUCGGCGAGAUGAAGACGCCGGCCGACUUUGCCAUCUACGCCGGUCACGAGGCGGCCGUGGGCGACAGGGUGGAGGCCGGCGGGGACGUGUGGACUGUUGUGGAAGCGGAGCUGAUUGUGCCUGACGGGCAUCUGGACACGACUUGA